AUGGUUGGAUUUGAGAUUCUGGGAGCAGUUUCUAGCCUGGACAACUACCAGAGAUACCCACUUAUCGUACGGCAUGAAGAUACAAGUCUGAAUAAAAAUUUUCUACAAAGAAGACUUAACUGUGCAGCACUUGUUCAAAGUUCUCUUUCUCGGAAGAAAAGUAGAUCACUGAUGGAGAAGCUUGUUAGAUCCUGCGACAAAGAAUACAUGAGGAUGGCCAUGUUAAAACACGAAGAAACUUUCAAAGAGCAGGUAUAUGAACUACAUCGUUUGUACCGAAUCCAGAAGAUACUGAUGCAAAAUGUGGAAGCUAGAAGAGUUGUCGAAGUAAGCGAAGAAGAGUGGUACUUCAAGAAUGCGAUUAGUUUAACUCAUAAAGGAGCACAAGAAAAGCCUCAAAUGAAAUUUGACCUUGAAAGGCCUGCAGACGAGCACAUUGCAGAAUCAGAAGAUGGGGUGCUAGAGGUCAUAGAUGAGACUGAGAUUGAGCUAACAUUAGGCCCCUCAAGUUACAACCGUAGGAAGAAAGUUGAGACACCACUAACAUCAGAUUCAGGACAGAGUUUGUCUUCUUCUUCUAGUGGAUCAAGCCAUAUAAACAAGACAAGAUGUCAUGGCAGUCAAACAAGAAGAGAAGAAUCAGGUGGAAGCAUAAUUCGUCUUGUCCCCGGUUCAACCCCAGGGUGCCAAAGUGGAAUUAGGAACAGUUUUGAUAUUGAAGAACAAUUAAGACAAGAGAGAUUAAAACAGUCACCUUGGCUUUUUCAAGUGUUGAAUCUGAACAUGACUUGA